CCCGAACCCAAAUCCACCAACCGAAGGCGGCUCGUGACCGGAAGCUGCCUUGGAAACUCCAACCUACCUCCGCUUUGCGCCGUGUCUUUGGGACUCACUAGAGAGCCCUUCGCAAAGACGCAGCAGGUUCUACCUAAUCUACCUCUGCAUCUCUACUGUUGCCUGGGAAGUCUGCACCUGCCGGCGCUCCAACGGCACCCCACUACAUCUGUCCCGCCAUCUCGUCGUUUCAUUCAGGGCCUGAAUGCUUACUAGCAUCCAGCAUCCAGUCUUUUGAUUACAGAAAAUUCGAGACCGACCGACUUGGCGUGAUCCCCAACUGCUUCCCUGAUCACGUCAUAGCCUCUCCCCGACGACCUGAUUCCCAAUCCACGAAACGCCUCGCACCGCGAUCACCUGUCGACGAUCGUCUCGUUAGCGCAAAAUGCCUUCCGCCGUGUUGGCGGGGAUGCCACAGCCGGGCGCUCAAGAUGAUAUUGAGACAACCUGGAAUUACCUGCAACAUGGCGUAACAAGGAUCAUGAACAACCUGCAGGACGGCCUUGAUUUGCAGAAUUACAUGGGCAUCUACACGGCCGUCCACAACUUCUGCACAUCACAAAAAGCUGGCACAUUCAGCUUAACGAGCACCAUUGUGGGCCAGAGCCAGCGCGGUGCUCAUCUCAUCGGUGAAGAUCUCUACAAGAGGCUGGCGCAAUAUCUAGCGGAGCACCUCAUAGACCUGGUGGCGCAGUCAAAGGCCCAUACGGACGAGGCGCUCCUAACAUUCUAUAUCCGGGAGUGGCAACGGUACACAUCAGCUGGGAAGUAUGUUCACCAUCUUUUCAAGUAUCUCAACCGCCAUUGGGUGAAGCGCGAGAUCGACGAAGGCAAAAAGAACGUUUACGACGUGUAUACUCUGCAUCUGGUACAGUGGCGCGAUGUCCUCUUCGUCCAGGUUUCGUCCAAGGUUAUGGAUGCCGUCCUGAAGUUGGUGGAGAAGCAGCGCAACGGCGAGACAAUCGAGCAUAAUCAGAUCAAGCAGGUGGUCGACUCGUUCGUGUCACUGGGCUUGGAUGACGGCGACUCUUCCAAGACGAAUCUCGAUGUCUACCGCUACCACUUCGAGCGCCCGUUCCUCGAUGCCACCAAGGCCUUCUAUCAAAAGGAGAGUCAGCAGUUUGUCGCCGACAACAGCGUCGUGGAGUACAUGAAGAAGGCUGAGGCUCGCCUUGAGGAGGAAGAGGAGAGAGUCAAGACGUACCUCCACCCAGAUAUUGCCAUCGCGCUCAAAAAGGCAUGCAAUCAGGUGCUGAUCGCCGACCACUCGAACCUUCUUCGGGACGAGUUUCAAGUGCUUCUCGACAACGACCGGGAGGAGGACAUGGCGCGUAUGUAUAGCUUGCUGUCCCGCAUCCCCGACGGCCUGGACCCGCUCCGAACAAAGUUCGAGACGCAUGUAAGGAAUGCUGGGUUAGCAGCGGUCGCCAAGGUAGCUUCGGACGCCGAGAAGCUCGAACCAAAAGUCUACGUCGACGCCCUGCUCGAGAUCCAUUCGCAGUACCAAGGGCUGGUGAAGCGUGCCUUUAAGGACGAGCCAGAGUUCACUAGGUCCCUCGACAACGCCUGCAGAGAGUUUGUGAACCGGAACGAGGUCUGCAAAUCCGGGUCGAAUAAGUCACCCGAAUUGCUGGCCAAAUACACCGAUGUCCUGCUCCGCAAGAGCAGCACCACGGGGGCAGAGGACACCGACCUGGAGGGCACCCUGGUUCAGAUCAUGACGGUGUUCAAGUACAUCGAAGACAAGGACGUCUUCCAGAAGUUCUACUCGCGCAUGUUGGCCCGCCGGUUGGUGCACAGCAAUUCGUCCUCGGACGAUGCUGAGACCAGCAUGAUCAGCAAGCUCAAGGAGGCUUGCGGGUUCGAAUACACGAACAAACUGCAGCGCAUGUUCCAGGACAUGCAGAUCUCCAAGGAUCUCAACGCGGGGUUCAGGGAGCACAUCACGACCCUCGGGACCAAGGGACUGGACUCCUCAUAUUCGGUCCUGGGCACUGGGUUCUGGCCUCUUGCGCCGCCGGGAACCAACUUCAACCCCCCAGAGGAGAUCGCUGCAGACUGCGAGCGAUUCAGUCGCUUCUAUAAGAACAAGCAUGAGGGUCGAAAGCUUACGUGGCUCUGGCAGCUCUGCAAAGGUGAAGUCAAGGCGACCUACAUCAAGAGCGCCAAGAUGCCCUACACGUUCCAGGUCUCGAUAUAUCAGAUGGCCAUCCUUCUGUUGUUUAACGAGAAGGACAAGAACACGUACGAGGAGAUUUCGACGGCCACGCAGCUGAACAGCGAGGCCCUCGACCCAUCGUUGGGCAUCCUCCUCAAGGCCAAGGUCCUGAACCUUGACCCCGGGAGCGACAAAGUCGGGCCGGGGGCGAGCUUCUCGCUCAAUUACGACUUCAAGAACAAGAAGUACCGCGUCAACCUCAACGUGGGCAUGAAGUCGGAGACGAAGCAAGAGGAGGCCGAAACCAACAAGACAAUCGAAGAGGACCGCAAGCUUCUCUUACAGUCGGCCAUCGUACGCAUCAUGAAGGCGCGUAAGCGCAUGAAGCACCAGCAGCUCGUUAGCGAGACGAUCAACCAGAUCCGCGCCAGGUUCGUGCCGAAGGUUGGCGACAUCAAGAAGUGCAUCGAGAUCCUUCUCGACAAGGAAUACCUGGAACGGCUCGAGGAUGAUGAUAUCGGCUAUCUGGCUUAACAGCCGUACCUUAGCGAUUCUAGCUUUGCAAAACAAGAGAAGAAACAGGACUUGGAAGAUGGGCCUCAUGAAAUGUAUGAGUACAACGCGUCGCUUGGCCCCUGGUGGUGGCUGGCGGUUUUCACGGCGUCGUGGUUUUCAUCUCGACUGCCUUCUGCCUGAUACCAUGCGGCUAAUUGCCAGGAUGCGGUCUCUUGGGCUUCCGCUUGGCUGUGAUGGUUGGUUCCAUGGGACGGGAGGACUGGACGGAGUGGAUUAUCUAUCUCAACGACUUAGGGGCAGCGUGGUUUACAUUCCUCAAAAACUAUUGAAUCCAAGGAGCGGACUUAACAGAGUCUAUGACCUGAUGUAGAUAAGCGGCGUUCUGGGCCGAUGAGCCUCAGACGCCGCUGCUGCUCCAUCGAGUUAGUGCGGGCAGUACAAUAGUUCAGGUACCUCUCAAGCCGCGAGUGGUAUUGUACUACCUUUCCAUAAUUGGCACACGCUCUUACGGAGA